GGGCAGUCCCGGGGGCCGCUCCGGGCGAUCGCGCAGAUGGCGGCGCUGGCGGCGCUGGCCAAGAAGGUGUGGAGCGCGCGGCGGCUGCUGGUGCUGCUCUUCGCGCCGCUCGCGCUGCUGCCGGUGGUCUUCGCCCUCCCGCCCAAGGAGGGCCGCUGCCUGUUUGUCAUCCUGCUCAUGGCGGUGUACUGGUGCACGGAGGCCCUGCCCCUCUCGGUGACGUCCCUGCUGCCCAUCAUCCUCUUCCCCUUCUUGGGUAUCCUGCCCUCCAGCAAGGUCUGCCCCCAGUACUUCUUGGACACCAACUUCCUCUUCCUCAGCGGUCUGAUUAUGGCCACGGCCAUCGAGGAGUGGAACCUGCACCGGAGAAUAGCCCUCAAGGUCCUGAUGUUCGUUGGGGUCCAGCCGGCCAGGCUCAUCCUGGGAAUGAUGGUGACCACCUCCUUCCUGUCCAUGUGGCUGAGCAACACUGCCUCCACCGCCAUGAUGCUGCCCAUCGCCAGCGCCAUCCUGAAGAGUCUCUUUGGCCACAGGGAGACUCGGAAGGACCUCAGCAGGGAGAGCGAAGAGAACGCAGCUGCUGUGCGGAGAAACGGCCUGCCCACUGUGCCCACGGAGAUGCAAUUUCUUGCCAGCACAGAAGAACCCCAGAUCAUGUCUUCGUUGCCAUCUGGAGAAGGGGCCUCUCAUGUAGUAAUUAAAGCCAGAAGCAAAGACUGCCCUGAGGAGGCGGAGGCUCCACUGGAUCUUCUGGCGGACUCCAAGAAGGAGGAGGACUAUCGCAGAAACAUCUGGAAGGGCUUCCUCAUCUCCAUCCCCUACUCCGCCAGCAUCGGAGGCACUGCCACCCUCACGGGCACGGCCCCCAACCUCAUCCUGCUUGGGCAGCUCAAGAGUUUCUUCCCGCAGUGUGACGUGGUGAAUUUCGGCUCCUGGUUCAUCUUUGCCUUCCCUCUCAUGCUGCUGUUCCUGUUGGUGGGCUGGCUCUGGAUCUCCUUCCUGUAUGGGGGACUGACCCUGAGGGCCUGGAGGAAGAAGAAAUCUGAGAUCAGCACUGACGCAGAAGACAGGGCUCAUGCUGUGAUUCGGGAGGAAUUCCAGAACCUGGGGCCCACCAAGUUCGCCGAACAGGCUGUUUUCAUCCUCUUCUGCAUGUUCGCCAUCCUCCUCUUCUCCCGGGACCCGAAGUUCAUCCCUGGCUGGGCCAGCCUCUUCACCCCUGGGUUUCUUUCUGAUGCUGUCACCGGCGUGACCAUUGUCACCAUCUUGUUCUUCUUCCCGUCCCAAAGGCCCUCUCUCAAGUGGUGGUUCGACUUUAAAGCUCCCAACACAGAGACAGAGCCCUUGCUGACGUGGAAGAAGGCCCAGGACACAGUGCCCUGGAACGUCAUCCUGCUCCUGGGAGGGGGCUUCGCCAUGGCCAAAGGCUGCGAGGAGUCGGGGCUGUCCACGUGGAUCGGCGGGCAGCUGCACCCCCUGGAGAACGUGCCGCCCGUGCUGGCCGUGCUGCUCAUCACCGUGGUCAUCUCCUUCUUCACCGAGUUUGCCAGCAACACGGCCACCAUCAUCAUCUUCCUGCCCGUCCUGGCGGAGCUGGCCAUCCGUCUGCGAGUGCACCCCCUGUAUCUGAUGAUUCCUGGCACCGUCGGCUGCUCCUACGCCUUCAUGCUGCCGGUCUCCACGCCCCCCAACUCCAUCGCCUUCGCCUCCGGACACUUGCUGGUCAAAGACAUGGUGCGAACAGGCCUCCUGAUGAACCUGAUGGGCGUCCUGCUGCUCAGCUUGGCCAUGAACACGUGGGCACAGACCAUCUUCCAGCUGGGCACCUUUCCGGACUGGGCCGACAUCCACUCAGUCAAUGUCACAGCAGUGCCAUCCACCUUGGCCAAUGACACAUUUCGGACCCUCUGAGUCCCCCUUGGGGACUCUCUUUGGGCUGGGCCCUCCCAAAAGGCUUUCGCCAUCACCUGCUGCUAAGACCCUACAGGA